AGAUCGUGUGUCAUGGCAGCCCACGGGGAAGCAGCUGAGCUAAUUUGCACCUCAGAAUGCCUGUACUGUGUUUCAUUGCAGUACUGAGAAUACUCUGCGCCGACCAGAGCCAGUGUUUCGAACAGGAAAGCUGAACACUGCUGAGAUUGGAUUCCUCGCCUGUUAAAAUGAAGACGGUGUUGAUGGUGGCAGAGAAGCCGUCUUUGGCACAGUCCAUUGCCAAGAUACUUUCAAAAGGUAGCUGCUCCAGCCGCAAGGGCCUCAACGGAGCAUGUUCUGUGCAUGAAUACACCGGCUCCUUCAUGGGGCAAAGCGUGCGUUUUAAGAUGACCUCGGUGUGUGGACAUGUGAUGAGCCUGGAUUUCAUAGGGAAGUAUAACAACUGGGACAAGGUGGACCCAGCGGAGCUUUUCAGCACAGCUCCGACAGAGAAGAAGGAAGCCAACCCCAAACUCAACAUGGUCAAGUUUUUACAGGUUGAAGGCAGAGGAUGUGAUUAUGUUGUACUCUGGCUGGACUGUGACAAAGAAGGAGAAAACAUCUGCUUUGAGGUCCUCGAUGCAAUCCAGCCUGUAAUGAACAAAGCGUACGGCAAUGAGAGCACAGUGUUUCGAGCCAAGUUCAGCUCCAUCACAGACACUGAUAUCUGUAACGCCAUGAACCACCUGGGGGAGCCCAACCGCAACGAGGCCUUGUCAGUGGAUGCUCGGCAGGAGCUGGACCUGCGCAUCGGCUGUGCUUUCACCAGAUUUCAGACCAAAUAUUUUCAAGGAAAGUAUGGGAACCUGGACAGCGCUCUAAUUUCCUUCGGUCCCUGCCAGACCCCAACCCUGGGCUUCUGCGUGGAGCGUCACGACAAGAUCACGUCCUUCAAACCAGAGCCCUACUGGGUGGUUCAGACGAAGGUCUCGAGAGGCACAGAUGUGUCUCUGACCCUGGACUGGGAGAGGGUGCGAGUGUUCGACAGGGAGGUGGCGCAGAUGUUUCUCAACAUUGUGAAGACUGCCCGGGAAGCCAGGGUAGAGUCUGUGAGUAAGAAGGAGAAGGUGAAGCAGAGACCCCAGGCUUUAAACACUGUUGAAAUGUUGCGUGUUGCAAGUUCAGCCCUUGGGAUGGGCCCUCAGCAUACAAUGCAGAUAGCGGAGAGACUGUACACACAAGGCUACAUCAGCUACCCUCGAACAGAGACCACCCAUUACCCUGAGAACUUCGACCUCACAGGAGCUCUGCGUCAGCAAGCAAACAGCCCUUUCUGGGCAGAUUCAGUGAAAGCAUUGCUUUCUGAAGGCAUCAAUCGACCCAGAAAAGGGACUGAUGCUGGAGACCAUCCCCCCAUCACACCCAUGAGAUCUGCUUCAGAGAGCGAGCUAGGAAGUGAUGGAUGGCGACUCUUUGACUACAUCACCAGGCACUUCAUUGCCACCCUCAGCUGUGACUGCAAAUACCUGCAGACCACCAUCGCGUUCAGCGUCGGCACGGAAAGCUUCACAUGCACAGGGAAGACUCUCAUAUCUGCGGGCUUUACUGAAGUGAUGCCGUGGCUGAGCAUCCCGGAUGAGGAGAGCCUUCCUGUCUGUGAGAGAGGGGACUUGUUCACCGUGGAUGAGGUGAAGCUCCUGGAGAAACACACCAGCCCCCCGGACUACCUGACUGAGGCAGAGCUCAUCACACUGAUGGAGAAGCACGGCAUUGGGACUGAUGCCAGUAUCCCAGUGCACAUUAAUAACAUUUGCCAGAGGAAUUACGUUACUGUGGAGAGCGGACGCCGGCUUAAGCCGACCAACCUGGGGAUUGUUCUUGUCCAUGGCUAUUACAAGACAGAUGCGGAACUGGUGCUGCCCACGAUCCGCAGCGCUGUGGAGAAGCAGCUGAACCUGAUCGCUCAGGGGAAAGCCCAUUUCAAGCAGGUCCUGCAGUACACUCUGGAUAUCUUCAAGAGGAAGUUUCAUUACUUUGUAGAUUCCAUUGCUAGCAUGGACGAGCUGAUGGAAGUUUCCUUCUCCCCGAUCGCAGCCACAGGGAAGCCUCUGUCCCGCUGUGGCAAGUGCCACCGUUUCAUGAAGUAUAUCCAGGCUAAACCGAGCAGACUGCACUGCUCCCAUUGUGACGAGACGUACAGCCUGCCCCAGAACGGCGCCAUUAAACUGUACAAAGAGCUGCGCUGCCCGCUGGACGAGUUUGAGCUGGUGCUGUGGUCCACGGGCUCCAGGGGAAAGAGCUACCCGCUGUGCCCGUACUGCUACAGCAACCCCCCCUUCAGAGACAUGAAGAAAGGCAUGGGCUGCAGCGAGUGCACCCACCCCACCUGCCAGCACUCCCUGAACAGCCUGGGGAUCGGCCAGUGCGUGGAGUGCGAGAACGGGGUGCUGGUCUUCGACCCCACCUCGGGGCCCAAGUGGAGGAUGGCAUGCAACAAGUGCAACGUGGUGGUGCACUUCUUUGAAAACGCCCACAAGGUGCGGGUCUCCUCGGAGAGCUGCGAGGCGUGCGAGGCGUCGCUGGUCAUCGUGGACUUCAACAAGGCCAGGUCCCCUCUCCCGGGGGAUGAGACCCAGCACACAGGCUGUGCGUUCUGCGAGCCCGUCUUCCAGGACCUGGUGGAGCUGAAGCACGCUACCAUGAGGCACCCCAUGCAUCGCGGGGGGGGGGGCAGGAGGCAGGGCCGCGGCCGGGGCAGGAGACCCGGCCCCAAGAAACCCAAAGACAAGAUGGCAGCCUUGGCUGCGUACUUCGUGUGACAUGCAUGAGGUGUCCUGGCUCAGGACCAAGCUCCAGCUCGGCUGGGGUUUUAUUUUUUGUAAUUGUGAGAAUAAUAAUAAACCUUCUCCUG